AUGAUAAGUGGUUUGAAGGAAAAUGAUGAGUCAGACAAUGGAGAAGAGUCACCUACACUUACCUGCCCAAAUAACUCUUCAAGUGAAGAUGAUGCAGUAGGUGAACUAAGAAGGAAGAAGAAUAGAAUGCCAAAAGGUGAAGAUUUCAGACCUGAAAUUGAUAUGGCAAACCCAGGUUUCAAAAUAGGUUUAAAGUUUGUAACUGCCGAGUUGUUUAGAAAAGCCGUGAGGAUAUACUCCAUUAAUUAUGGAAGGGAGUUGAUAUUUAUAGAUAAUGACCAGCAAGUUCACCAAGACUAUGGUUAUAGACCAUCUAGAGCAACUGUGUAUAGAACAAGAGCUAUGGCAGUUGACAUUGUAGAGGGGUCUUAUAGUAAACAAUAUGAAGUAUUGUGA